GAACAGGUGCAGCUGCCACAAGACACUCCCCGGCCCCCAGAAAUGGCCCGGCCUUCCCGAUUGGUCCGGAGUAGAAAGGGAGCCCCCCUUAUCUCCUCGCCCCAGGGGGCCAAGUUGAAAUUCCUGGAGCUAUAAAGUCAGGCUGGGUUUUCUCAAUGAAGUAGUAAGGGGGGGCCACAGAGCAGCCAAGGAGAAGGAGAGAAGGCCAAGUGGGGAGCCUAAAACUGAACCAGACAAUCUUUUCUUUGGUUCAGGUCGCCUCCCACUCCCCUUCCCCUGGCGCCGUCCCAGCCCGUCUCCACCACCACUCCCCACCCACAGAGGGAACAGAAGAUGAAGUACAUCAUCGGCAUUGGAGGCAUGACCAACGGAGGAAAAACUACACUGACCAAUAGACUCAUCAAAACCUUACCAAACUGCUGUGUGAUCCACCAAGAUGACUUUUACAAGCCACAAGAUCAAAUAGAAGUCGGGGAAGACGGCUUUAAGCAAUGGGACGUGCUGGAAUCUUUGGACAUGGAGGCCAUGCUGAACACAGUCCUUGCAUGGCUGAACAACCCCAUGAAGUUUGCCCGCACACACGGGAUCAACAUCCAACAGAACUCCCAGGGAUCCAACUCCAAUGAUACCCACAUCCUUAUCCUGGAAGGCUUCUUGCUCUAUAGUUACAAGCCCUUGCUGGAUUUGUACAGUCGCCGUUACUUUUUGGCUGUUCCAUAUGAGGAAUGCAAGAGAAGAAGAAGUACCCGCAACUAUAAAGUUCCUGACCCUCCGGGUCUCUUUGAUGGCCAUGUUUGGCCCAUGUACCAGAAAUACAGGCAAGAGAUGGACAACAAUGGUGUGGAUGUAGUGCAUAUCGAUGGACUGAAAUCCAGAGAUGAGCUUUACCGUCAAGUCCUGGAAGACAUCCAGAAUACACUCUUAAAUCGCUCCUAGCUUCUGGGAAGAGAGUGAGAAAGGGAGUGGGACAUGCCCCUCACGGAUUUAGCAGAUCUCCAUCAUGCCAAAGGAACAAUACACUGAACCAAGUCCAUAGACUCUAAGGGGCCCAGAGACAGGCGCCCUCAGCUCCUGGGGAGCCAGACCUGAUCUGAGACUGCCUGGGGAUCUCCCUCUGGAGAAGGAUGCACAAAGCAAACAAUCAAUCAUUUCUUUCCUUGGCUCAGCUGAAGAAAGAGCAAAACCUGCCCAGAGUCUCAGAGAUAGAAACAGUUUAAAGAUCUAUUUUCUGAUGACCACAAUCUACUUAAGCAUUAAAUACACAUAACUGUUUUUCUAUCUUUGGGUGCCAGCCCUUUCAUUUCCAUUUGAUAGACCUUGACCAAGUGCAUCCCUGUGUGACUACGUACACCCACUGUCUCCAAAUUCAGAGUCACAAGAUCCUAGAAUGACAGAAGGCAUCCAGUUUAACCCCUGCCAAAAGCAUGAAUCUACUCCCCUCCAUAGGAUUCAGGGAAGCACCUACUAAUAAAGCUGAAAGGGGUCUCCUAAACAAAGGCACCCAAGGAGGGCAGUCCAUUGCUGGAUAGCUCUAAUUAUUAGGAAGCUUUUCCUUGUGUGGAGCUGAAAUCUACCUUCCCACAGGAUUAUUUUCUUUAUUUUUAUAAUAACUUUUUUAUUUUCAAAAUACAUGCAAAGAUAGUUUUCAAUAUUUACC